AUGGACUACACGCGCCUCAGAAAAGACGAUGACGAGGAGUUCGUCUACUCCAAAACAACACCACCAACCCAACCACCACAAGGCCGUCCCUAUCGCUCCAACGCGACCCUUCUCUCCAGCCUGGCCCUCACUAUCUCCAUAAUAACCGGCAUCUUCACGUUGAUAGCGUACAUAAACGGUCCACGCAAUCUCAAACCCCAAUCACCAGACUCCCUCUUCCGCUGCGGCACAUCCGCCGCCCAAGCCAAAGCAGCAGGAUGCCAUUUCGACCUAAUGUCCUUCUCCUGGUUGCCGUCCGCCUGCUACAACGAAGACCUGACAAACGACUUCCUCAACUACACGGACUGGAAAUGGUCGCUCGACAUCGAGGGGCGCCACCUCGUCCCAAAGGAGUAUGUCCAGCAGGGGGACUUUGAGUACCUCUUCACGAGCUACGAGUAUCAUGUUGUGCACUGCGUGUUUAUGUGGAAGAAGACGCACCAGGCGAUUCUGGAUGGCAGCUUUGAUCACCUUGAUGGGUAUAUCGCCGGACUGGGACAUACAGGGCAUUGCGGGGAGAUGUUGCUCGAUCGGGGAACCGACUUGAAGACCUGGGGGACACCGGGGUGGACGAAGUUCCCGGCUUGUGGGAGGGGAGUGCUUAACUUGGAACAGGGGUGGUAUCGCAUGCAUAAUGGGGAGAAGGCGUGGGGGAUGCCGGGUGCUGGGGGGCAUCAUCAUAACUGA